AGAAAGUAUGGCUUGCAUGAAGCUUGGAUCCAAAUCUGAUGCUUUCCAGAGACAAGGCCAGGCUUGGUUUUGCACAACUGGACUUCCAAGUGAUAUCGUCGUUGAAGUUGGAGAGAUGUCUUUCCAUCUCCACAAGUUUCCUCUGCUCUCUAGAAGUGGAGUCAUGGAAAGAAUAAUUGCAGAGGCAUCAAAAGAAGAGGAUGAUAAAUGUCUCAUUCAGAUUUCUGAUCUUCCUGGUGGAGACAAAACGUUUGAACUAGUCGCCAAAUUCUGCUACGGCGUGAAGCUCGAGCUCACUGCUUCCAACGUUGUGUAUCUCAGAUGCGCUGCUGAGCAUCUCGAAAUGACGGAGGAGUACGGGGAAGCGAAUCUUAUCUCUCAGACGGAAACAUUUUUCAACCAUGUUGUCCUCAAAAGCUGGAAAGAUUCGAUAAAGGCGCUUCAAAGCUGCGACGAGGUCCUCGAGUAUGCUGAUGCAUUGAACAUUACCAAGAAAUGCAUCGAGUCGCUAGCCAUGAGAGCAUCGACGGACCCGAACUUGUUCGGAUGGCCAGUUGUAGAGCAUGGUGGGCCUAUGCAGAGUCCAGGUGGCAGCGUUUUGUGGAACGGGAUAAGCACCGGUGCUAGACCCAAACAUACUAGCUCAGACUGGUGGUACGAGGAUGCGUCUAUGCUUAGUUUCCCUCUUUUCAAGAGACUUAUCACAACCAUGGAUUCACGAGGCAUAAGAGAAGACAUCAUCGCCGGUUCGCUAACUUAUUACACGAGAAAAUACUUGCCUGGCUUGAAAAGGCGACGCGGUGGACCUGAAUCUAGUGGUCGUUUCAGCACACCUUUGAGCUCCGGGAACGUACUGUCAGAGGAAGAGCAGAAGAACUUGCUUGAAGAGAUCCAGGAGCUUCUCCGUAUGCAAAAAGGCUUAGUCCCGACCAAGUUUUUCGUCGACAUGCUACGGAUCGCCAAGAUUCUCAAAGCUAAUCCUGCUUCAUCAUCCGUGGUUAGCGGAAACAGAAAGAGAGAAUCUUUGCAGGCUAAGCUGUCUCUAGAAGCUUGCACACACGCAGCGCAGAACGAGAGGUUACCUCUAAGAAUAAUCGUCCAGGUUCUCUUCUUUGAGCAGCUUCAGCUCAGAACCUCUGUUGCUGGAUGCUUCCUUGUUUCAGACAACCUCGACGGCGGAUCAAGACAGCUAAGAAGCGGAGGCUUUGCAGGAGGAUCAACCGAAGGAGGAGGAGGUGGAUGGGCAACCGCAGUAAGAGAGAACCAAGUUCUGAAAGUUGGAAUGGAUAGUAUGAGAAUGCGGGUUUGCGAGUUGGAGAAAGAAUGUUCCAAUAUGAGACAGGAGAUUGAGAAACUCGGCAAGACGACAAAAGGCGGUGGGUCUGGAGGUAGCGGCGGGAGCAAAACGUGGUUCGGAAUUAAGCUUAAGUCGCAUCAAAUGUGCAGUGCUCAAGAAGGAUCUGUGUCAAAGUCUAACAACGAGAAUGUGAAGCUAGAGAAGCUCAAGGAUGUCAAAGAACGUCGUGGGAAGCAUAAGAAAGCUUCGAGCAUUAGUUCCCAACGG